AUGGAGAAUACCGCUAUUUCGAACAAUGGCACUCAGCCGUCCAAAAAAGAAAACGCAAUGUCGAGAACCGACUCUAUCGAUAUUGGGCAGGUAGCCUUUGAGCCUGGGAGCCCUGAAGACCCUUCCAAGUCCGAUGAGACGGAGUUGAGCGCAGCCAUAAGAGAAGCAGUGAACCAUCGCCGAUUGAACCCGAGGCAGAUCCAGCUUACUGCAAUUGCUGGAUCAAUUGGAGCGUCAGUCACCAAGCAUACUUUCCAUCAACCCGAUGUCACACUGACAAUCCGCAGCGCUUUGUUCGUAGGCAUUGGAUCUGGGUUUGCCCAAACGUCCUUUGUCAUCUUCGAGGCCACGGUUAUCAACACACUUGUUGAAUACUGGGGGUAUAACCAAUCGCCUGCCGUUCUAAUCUCAAUCUCGCUCGUUCUUUAUCUGGCAAUCAACGUGUACCGAGCCGAUCUCUUCGGAGAAGCUGAGUUUUGGCUCGCACUGGGCAAGGUCUUACUGGCCACGGGUCUUAUCGUAUACACGAUCGUGGUCAUGCUUGGAGGAAACCCUUUGAAUGAUCGAUUUGGUUUCCGUUACUGGAAAGACCCCGGGCCUUGGGCUGGUGCUGAUCCUUCGAACCGACUAAUGUCGUUCGUAAACGCCGUUAACGUGGCUGCAUUUUGUAUGGGCGGGCCAGAGUACAUCUCAAUGAUCGCUGGAGAGUCCAGAGAUCCCCGUCGAACUGUGCCACGAGCAUUCAGCACCAUCAUGACUCGUCUUAUUGUCUUCUUUAUUGGUGGCUGUCUUUGCGUUGGGAUUCUAGUUCCAUACAAUGACCAGAUUCUUACAAACGGCUCGGACAGCUACGCGGCGGAUCCCCUUAAUGGACGGGCGCCAAAGUUCCUUAAACGAUUGAACAAAAGAGGCGUGCCGUACAUGGCUGUUAUCGUGGUCAUGGUACUUUCUUGCCUUGCAUAUCUCGCUCUAGGCUCCAGCAGUGCCGAAGUCCUAAACUGGAUUCUGAACUUCUGCACUGCUGCUACUAUGUUCAACUGGACCGUCAUGUCUUUUACAUGGAUCCGAUUCAACGCGGCCCUCAAUGCCCAAGGCAUUGAUAAAAAGAGCUUUCUACCCAGAGUCUCAAGGUUCCAGCCCUACGCAGGCUACUGGGCAUUUUUCUGGGCGUUCAUCUUCCUCUGCAAUACACCUCGCGUCAGGGUCCAGGGAUAUGCCGUCUUCAUCCACGGCAACUGGAAAGUAUCAACAUUCAUCUUUAACUACGGAAUCAGCAAGGACAUUGACUUGGUUUCGGGGUUGGAUUUCUUCGACGCUCUGACGGAGCACUACCGGCAAGAGCGCGAGGCUGCGCCAGUGACUGUAAAGGAUAAGAUUAUGGCGAAGGUUUUCUAG